UUGCUGCCUUAGAGAAGACCUGGAUGCUCCUGGUAGCGUGGCUAGUCCACCCCAGCCAGAACAUCCGCUACCUGAGCGAAAGGGGUCUUCUCCACAUUUAUGGAAAGUUAAAGGCGGCGAAGAAACCCCAGGAUUUUAGUGCCGGGAUCCUGGGAGGGCUCAGGACCUCCAGUCUGGAAGCCACUUUGGGGGUCCUGGCCUUCAUGGAGCGGCUGAGGCACUGUCCAUCAGAACACCAGGCCACGGUGAAUGCUGUCCUGGCUGCCCUGUGCCGCCCUCUCUUCCACCACGAGGAGGCUAAGAUCCGAAGGGCAGCCAUGAGGACCCACCUGGAUCUCCUGCAGCACCACCACCACCAUCAUGAGGGUACAGAGGAGAACAUCACGACCCUCAUCGCGGUGCUGAUGCAUGUGGAGGAUGAGGACCUGGAGGUAGCACAGGCUGCGAAGGACAAUCUGAGCCUCCUGGCGGAAGCCCUCCUAUGGCACCUGGAGGGCAAGCUGCUGGCGCGGGAUUCUUACAGCCUGCAGGAGCUGCUCCACAAGAUCGCCAAGCGUCUGAUUCGGCAGCUCGGCACAGAGGACGCCGUGGAGAUGGAGGCCACCAAGAUCCUGGGCUUCUUCCGCAGCGAGCAGCCUUCAGUGAGGAGAACGGCUGCCCUGCUGAUCGGUCACCUGGUCUACAAAAAGGGCAGCAUCCUCACUGAAGGGAACAUAGAGACCUUCCAUGCUGCGCUGGAGAGCUUGCUUGGCGACCAUGACCCCGAGGUCGGGAGAGUUGCCUGCAAGACAGAGAAGAUCGUGAAGAAGGCCUUUUCCCUCCACUCCCGGCACGGGCUGCGGGCUGCCGUUCGGCGCUUGUGGGCGGGCUGUAAGAAGAAGAGACACCCGCCAGAGUACGGUGAUCUCUCCACCUGACCGACUGGAACAACAGCCCCGUGCUCUCCCCUGGAAGAUCAGCAGCUGAAGGGAGGUUCAGGAAAGACCGUGCAGCGCAGGGGCCUCCCAGAAGACCUCCUCCAACCGCGUGGACACAAGAUCUGUCCACAAGAAGACAUCCAGCAGGGAAGUGCAGUUCUGUCUGAGGAGUGAGGGGGAAGCAGGCUCCACUCCCCUGGCCCAAGGAAGCCCCGCCUCUGGGGUGCAGAAGCCCCUCCCCUUGCUUCUGCUGGCAGGCUGUGGGAGGAGGCUACAGGACCACCCUGCCCCCAAGUGGCCCUUUGGAACCAGUCUUGGGCUUCCCUUGGGUCCGGGGAGGCUGUGUGGCCCCAGCAGGAGGGCAAGGUCCCUCCAUUCCCACCAGCGGGCUUGUGCUGCUGCUGGGCGGCUGGAGGAGUCGAUCCGCCCCAGAAGAGGAGACCAAGUGAACGUGCCUGCAAGGAGCGGGGGUGGGGUGGGGUUGGGGGCUGGCUGGGACUCCCCCCAAUUUUGUUUGCCCUGCCAUUCCCUUCUUCCGUGUGACCCUGGGCUUCCUCCCUUCCCUCCUUCCCUCCCUCCCUCCUUCUCCCUCCCAGGGGCAGAAUGGGCAUUGCUGGUCGCCCUGUUGGGGGCCGAGUAGGAAUUUUUGGCUUUCCAACAGAUUGGCCAAGAUGGAAAGUUUUUUUGCCUACUCCAUUCUGUCCUGUUUUGUUUCCUUUAGUUAGAAAGUUAAGUGACGACUUGUAACCUAUUUAAGUAUAUUAAUAAAGUUGCCCCUUUUGUUCAAAACA